AUGUCUCUCCCCGACCGACCUGGCGGCGGUCCGGCGUUUGACUCGCGGAAUUCGUACCGCGAGUCACCCCAGCGACGUCGCCCGACAGAUGUCGAGACUGGUGGCUAUUAUCCCGUCGACGGGCAACAUCAACGUGGGGCAUCAAUAACCUCUUUUACCGAAACGGUCAGGGGUCCUAAUGGAACAGCAGACAAUCUACCUCUUACAAACGCCCCGGAGCACGUCGAGGCCGCAGCCAGAGACGCCCAGCCCUUUCAACGGAAACGAAGCCUGAUUCGCCCCGAGCGGAACCGGAUAGGCAAAGACCACCCCAACUACCACUACCGCAAACAUGCCGCGAACAUGAACACUAUACCCUCAUCGACGGGCAACGACCCUAUUUUGGAAGACUUAGAGGGUGCCACCGAUGUAUCCGGCUCACGCAUCGGCGAUGCCGUUUCCGACACCUCGCAGACGCCUCGACCGAUCGGCCGGAGUCGCACGAACAGCGACGAGGUCGAAAAGAACCGCGAGCGGCGGCGCGCUUCCGGCCGCGGCAAGUCGACAAAGAUUCGGAAAGAUGGUACCCGCAACAAGAAAGCCGAGACAAUUCGUCCACCGAGUUUGUGGAACGUGUACUGUGCGAUUGUGACUUUCUGGUGCCCUGACGUCUUCUUAAGAACCUGCUGCAAGAAGACUGCCAAAGAGCAGCAGCGUGCGUGGCGUGAGAAGAUGGGUCUCAUCAGCAUCAUCCUCAUGAUUAUGGCGUUUGUUGGCUUUAUCACCUUCGGCUUUAACCAGGCUGUUUGCGGGACUCCUGGCAUCCGUCUGCGCGUCAACGAGGUAUCUGGCGGGUACAUGAUCUUCCACGGUACGGCAUACGACUUGAGUACCUCGCAGCAUCCGCCCGCUGAAGGCAUCCCCCGUGGUACCAACGUUCUCUUUGAUUUGCCCGAAAAGCAUAGCGGCCAAGACGGCAGUUUCCUGUUCCAGAACGUCAACGGCAAGUGCAAGGACGUCAUCACGCGGGCGCCCAAAUCUGAUGUCCCCACGGACUCGAACAACAACCUGGCGUGGUACUUUCCCUGCACGACGUACAACCAGGACGGUUCAAGCGCUGUCAAUCUCACCAUUCCCUACUACCUAGGCUACGCUUGCCACACCACAUUUGACGCCCGCAACACCUUUUAUACUCAGCUGCACAGUACCGCCUCUGUCUACUUUACCUGGGAGGAUAUCAAGAACAGUUCGCGCAACCUGAUUGUUUACUCGGGCAACGUUCUGGAUCUCAACCUUCUGUACUGGUUCAACGAGACACAGGUUACUAUCCCGAACCGCUUCAAGGAGCUCCGUGACACCACCACAUCGGCGAACCAGGCCAUUCGUGGCCGUGAUGUGACCCGCAUGUUCCAGUCCUCUGGUGACAAGGCCUACGCUGAGUGCUUCGAGGACAUCAUCAAGGUCGGUACCGUGGACACGGACACCGUUGGUUGCAUUGCCUCAAAGGUUGUUCUGUAUGUGUCCCUGGUUCUCAUUCUGUCUGUUGUCGUGUCUCGUUUUGUUUUGGCCAUCUUUUUCCAGUGGUUCCUCAGCAAGGCCUACGCGGCGUCCAAGACGUCGCAGUCGUCCGAUCAGCGCAAGCGCAACAAGCAAAUUGAAGACUGGAGCGACGACAUCUACCGCGCUCCCAUCCGGAUGCCGGGUGAUGUUGGCAGCAGUGUAGCUGGCGCUAGCUCUGACCGCAAUAGCAAGCGCAGCAGCUUCCUGCCGACUACGUCUCGCUUUUCUGCUGUGUCGGCCGGCGACCGCAACUCCCGUAUCCGCAUGGCACCAACGACCAUGGCCAGCCAGAGCUCGGGUGCCCAGCUACUUCACCCCAACUCCCUCUACCGCCAGGGCAACGACAGUCGGAGCAGCUUCCUUCGUGCAGGGUCUUACAACAACAACGUAAGUCCAACAGACGGCCCCGGUCCCGCCGGCUUUAUUCAUGAGGCCGUUGUACCGCAGCCCCCGUCGGACUGGAUGCCGUUCGGUUUCCCUCUUGCACACACGAUUUGCCUCGUCACCGCCUACUCGGAGGGUGAGCUUGGUAUUCGCACGACUCUCGACUCGGUUGCUAUGACGGACUACCCCAACAGCCACAAGGUUCUUCUUGUUGUCUGCGAUGGAUUGAUCAAGGGCAAGGGCGAAUCGUACUCGACUCCGGAUAUUGUUCUGAACAUGAUGAAGGACUUGACCAUUCCCAGGGAUGAGGUUGAGGCGUUCUCGUAUGUUGCUGUUGCCAGUGGUUCCAAGCGUCACAACAUGGCCAAAAUCUAUGCUGGUUUCUACGAUUACGGCGCCAAAUCCAGCAUCCCUCUCGACAAGCAGCAGCGUGUGCCGAUGAUGGUCGUUGUCAAGUGCGGCACGCCGGAUGAGGAGUCCAAGUCCAAGCCCGGCAACCGUGGUAAGCGCGACAGUCAGAUCAUCCUGAUGUCGUUCCUUCAGAAGGUUAUGUUCGACGAGCGUAUGACGGAGCUCGAGUACGAAAUGUUCAACGGUUUAUGGAAGGUGACGGGCAUCUCUCCCGAUUUCUACGAGGUCGUAUUGAUGGUCGAUGCCGACACCAAGGUCUUCCCCGACAGUCUCACGCACAUGGUCUCAGCCAUGGUCAAGGAUCCGGAUAUCAUGGGCCUGUGUGGUGAGACCAAGAUCGCCAACAAGCGUGCCAGCUGGGUGUCCGCCAUCCAGGUGUUUGAGUAUUUCAUCUCGCAUCAUCUGUCCAAGUCCUUCGAGUCCGUUUUUGGUGGUGUCACCUGUUUGCCUGGUUGUUUCAGCAUGUACCGCAUCAAGGCUCCCAAAGGUGCUCAGAACUACUGGGUGCCGAUUCUCGCCAACCCCGACGUUGUCGAGCACUACUCGGAGAACGUCGUUGACACGCUGCACAAGAAGAACCUUCUGCUCCUUGGCGAAGAUCGUUACCUCACGACGCUGAUGCUGCGGACCUUCCCCAAGCGGAAGCAGGUAUUCGUGCCCCAGGCCGUGUGCAAGACCACGGUUCCUGAGUCGUUCAUGGUGCUUCUGUCGCAGCGUCGUCGGUGGAUCAACUCGACUAUCCACAACCUGAUGGAGCUAGUGUUGGUCAGAGACCUGUGCGGUACCUUCUGCUUCAGCAUGCAGUUCUUCAUCGGCGUUGAGCUGAUCGGAACUCUUGUCCUCCCUGCCGCUAUUGCCUUUACCUUCUACGUCAAGCUGUCACUAACGAACCAAGUUAUCAUUUCCAUCGUUCAUCGCCCGCCACAAAUCAUCCCGCUUGUCCUUUUGGGUCUUAUUCUGGGUCUGCCCGCUGUUCUUAUUGUGGUCACCGCGCACCGGUGGUCGUACGUUCUGUGGAUGUUGAUCUACUUGAUUUCGCUUCCGAUAUGGAAUUUUGUCUUACCGACUUAUGCCUUCUGGAAGUUUGACGACUUCUCGUGGGGUGAAACGCGCAAGACGGCUGGUGACAAGACGAAAAAGGCCGGUAUUGAGUACGAGGGCGAGUUCGACAGCAGCAAGAUCACCAUGAAGCGGUGGGCCGAAUUCGAGCGCGACCGGCGGACACGCAGCCAGUACUGGAGCUCGCGCGAAAACCUUGUCGGUGCUGGUGUGCCGAGCGGUACGUGGUCGAUGCCGCCGCCGGGCCACCAGCAAUUUGACGAGUACUACUCGGACGCAUAA